UCGCGGGCCUUGUAGCCAUUUUAGGAGGAAACCCGGUUCGCUGGUUUGGGGCGCGGCUUCAAUUUCAAUAACUUUAUUGGUCUCCUUGUACGCCGAACAGCCGGCGUGCGUGUAGCCACGCGAGCCCGGAGCGCAUCGCCCGAGGUGAGCGGCGUGGGGGGUGUGCGGGACCGGGGCUGUGGGGCAGCGAGGGCUCCCGGAGCCGGUUCUCCGAGCCGAGGCGUCCGUGAAGCGGGUAAGGGAGGGGACCCCGGGCGCGGUCCCCUGCGGCGGGGAUUCCCUUCCCGGGCGCAGGGGCGGGGCCGGGGCGCCCCUGACGCAGCCGCGGGGGUGUUCCCCGCCUGGUGUCAUUCCCCGCGGCAGGUUGCCCCCGACUCGAGCUGCAGCCAUGGGAAACACUACCAGCGAGCGGGUGUCCGGGGAGCGCCACGGAGCCAAAGCUGCUCGAGCUGAGGGCGGCGGCCAUGGCCCGGGAAAGGAGCACAAGAUCAUGGUGGGGAGCACGGACGACCCCAGCGUCUUCAGCCUGCCCGACUCCAAGGGAUGACCUACUCCUUCUUACAGCUCCCCGGGGACAAAGAGUUUGUACCCUGGCAGCAGGAUUUGGAUGAUUCUGUGAAGCCCGCCCAGCAGGCCCGGCCCACCGUUAUCCGCUGGUCUGAAGGAGGCAAGGAGGUCUUCAUCUCUGGGUCCUUCAACAAUUGGAGCACCAAGAUCCCUCUGAUAAAGAGUCAUAAUGACUUCGUUGCCAUCCUGGAUCUUCCAGAGGGAGAGCAUCAGUACAAGUUCUUUGUGGACGGACAGUGGGUUCAUGAUCCGUCAGAGCCUGUGGUUACCAGUCAGCUUGGAACAAUUAAUAACUUGAUCCACGUCAAGAAAUCUGAUUUUGAAGUAUUUGACGCUUUAAAGUUAGACUCUAUGGAAAGCUCGGAGACGUCAUGUCGAGACCUGUCCAGCUCACCCCCUGGGCCUUACGGUCAAGAAAUGUAUGUGUUUCGAUCUGAGGAGAGAUUCAAAUCCCCACCCAUCCUGCCCCCUCACCUACUCCAAGUUAUUCUUAACAAGGACACGAAUAUUUCAUGUGACCCAGCCUUACUUCCUGAGCCCAAUCAUGUUAUGCUGAACCAUCUCUAUGCACUGUCCAUUAAGGACAGUGUGAUGGUCCUUAGCGCAACCCAUCGCUACAAGAAGAAGUAUGUCACCACGCUGCUGUAUAAGCCCAUCUGAGGAAGGCGUCACGCCUUGCCCCCAAGGAUUCUGGAGAAGCAUCUCCCUUGCCUUUGAACUGAGCUGGCCUCCUCUGAGGCUGGCAGGCUGGUUUGUUUUGAGGCUGCUGUGUGUGUCAGAGCCUCUGAUAGGAUGCUCUGCUUUGCAUUUGAUUGCAGAUGAGAGCUUUAUGAGUUCACGGAGUUUAUUUUAAGAAACACAAAACCAUAUAUAUGCAUAUGAGAGAAAGGUUACCGGAAGUCUCCUGGCCCCGCUGUACAGGUUCUCUCUGCCUGUGGGUGGUCGCCAGGGCCUGACUGGGAAGCAGUGGCCACAGGAAUGGGCAUCCCAGAAGCUUCUUUUUCUAAAGUGAGAGAAUAGCAAACUCUUAGGAUCUUUGUUGGGCAGAGGUUCUGGACCACUGGUGUCCAGGGGUGAGAUGUGUGCCAGGCUGCUGCCCUCCUUAGAGCUGCCUCAGUGCAGGGUGGCUUUCCUUGCAUGGACUGAUUCUGUAUUCCCACACUAUGUGACACAAUCUCCUGUGUGUUUAUAUGACACUAGAUGCCCCACAAGAACCCUCUUCAUUUUAUGUACCCAAUUUAAUAAGUCCCCUCAGAUCUCAUACAUGGCCCAGUAAUGCAAAACUCACUGGGCAAGGGACCCUUCUGAAAAGUCUGUGUGAUUAGACUCUCCUGAGAGACUAGAGGUGCCAGGGUCUCCUUUUUAGCUCAGCGAAGGCCUAACCCAGUGUGUUACAAUUUAUUUUAACAUCUAGGGGAAAAUGAAGCUCUUUUUGUUUCAGUUUGGUCCUGUAUAUUGGCUGUGUGAGCCUGUUUACGGUUUUUCUUUAUCAGAGCAUUCAGUUUGUAGAUAGGUUUGGAAUUAGGGAAAACUUCCGUAUCUUUCAUCCCUGAAAGAUUUUUUUUUUAUGUGCCUACAUUUUUCUUUAAUUAAAAAAAAAAAGCUUAUCCAUCCAUGUUAACAGGCUGUUAAAGGACCUCAGGCUUUUGACAAAUGGUUCUUAAGCUUUUCUUCUCUAGUCUAGGCAAUUCUACAGUCUUGGGUUAAUAUGGCCAGCCAUGUGUACCUCGCUACCCAAGCACAGCUCUAGACACAAGUUCAUGCAGACUCACUGGAUGCUCAUGCAGGCUCACUGGGUGCUCAUGCGAGGUUUCCCUACCAUUAAAGAUGUGUGAGGCAAGGAACUACCCUCGGUGUUCAUAACCGUGCACAGUAUUGCUCUUUGCACCAAAUAUUAACAAAGUAUUUUUUUCUUUCGCCUCUUCCCUUUAAAUGUGUUUGAUGAUGGAAUGGGGUCACUGAUAACCACUGACUGAGAAGUAUUCCAACCUACUCAGGAUUGAAAGGAAAUAUUUUUUCCAGUAUCUUGACACUUCCAUUUUACAGAUAAAUGUAAGUCAAUCAUUAGGCACUGUUUCUGGUUGAGAGCCUUCCUGUCUCCUGAGAUGAGCCAGCCACAUUGAAAGGGACCUGCUGGUCAGUUCACCUACCUCCUGGCUCUCCCACAUGAGGGUGGCACAGCAAGUCCUCUGCACACCUCUGAGGCCUCUUAUCACAAGGGUGAAUAGGAAGAUGGGGAGGUUUCUGUCCUGCAGGGAGUACAGAUCGCUCAAUGCCUUGGUACAUGAGUCCUGGGAGAUGCCGCUUCAGCCAUCCCAAGCCACCUCCCUCAGCUGAGACUCUGUGGAGAACCCUCGUGGUCCAGUCAGCUUUCUGAAUAGUGUUCCAUUUUGAAAGCCAAGGCCUCAUCUUGGUUUUUCAUCAACUCUAAGGCCCUUCAGUUAUGUCGAAAGGUUUUAUUUAUUUUUUCUGUUUUUCCUCAGUGCUGAUUUAGAAGUGGGCCACCCAGGAGGAUUCAAAAGCCUUGCUUGUUUCCCAGUAGGAUUGUUGUAUCUACACUUCCUGUUAACAGUCUAAGCUGGGAUCAUCUGUGUUUGUGCAUUAAGUUUUGACCCCUCAAAGUUGUAGCUAUGGAAGGGUGGGGAAAGCUGUCUUCAGUCUCUCACUCAGGCUGAUGCUUCUCUGACGGGUGAGGCUGUGGUGAUAGAGGGGUGGGUGCUGAUGGCCUCAUCUGGAAAUGCAGGAGAGAGUUAGAAGGGCUGGCUGAUAGCUCACCAGCACUGUCCCUGUCCUGGCCCCUGACCCUGGGGAAUGCUGCCCCUGUCACCAGGAAACACUUGUAAAGAGACAGAGUGAGUACCGCUUUUCUUUAGUUACUUUAAGGGGCAGUGUGUUUUCUACAAUAAAAAGUCGGACAGAAUUAAGAAACAAAUCAAGGCAAAACUAUUUCUUUUUCUUUCCCACCUAUGGGAAUUUUGCAGGGUCAGUUGGUAGUAAAACGGCCCUUAAGGAGGCUAACACAACACCUGUAGUGUAGAUCAGUGCCUGUGAGGCCAGGGAAGCAGCGAAGGAGCCCAAGGGAGAUAGCAGGAACUGAAGGCUCAGGGAGCUUGGCACUGAAAAUGUCCCCUUAAAGAGUUCAAGCAGACAUCACCUGGUACAAACCACUUAGCAGCCCAGAAACUGUCUUCUUACCCUGUUCUCACCCUUUCCUCUGCGUUCUGUCUGACUUCACUUAUCAGUAAGACAGGUUCACCAGAGUCUCAAGGAAAAAGACCUAGACAGUGUGAAGAGCUUUCACUCGAGCCAUGGUUAUUAGCCUCCUGUCAACCUAGACCUGAGUAGGAUUCACACCUCUGAAGGGCUCAGCUAGCUUCUUCAAGAGCCCUGGCCUCUUGGGCCGGAAGUACAAAGGAAGAAAACCCGUUUCUGAGAGAAACCUUCGCCCAGCCGUCCCUGCUGGUUUUGGUUUUUUGUAGAUCUAAUGGAUCUUUCAUAAACCUUUUGAAAAGUGUCACUAUUGCAUGCAUGCUGUUAAAGUGAUGUGACGUGGAAGUGGGAACAGGGCCUUUAAAUGUUUGACCUCAAAACAAUAUGCAAUAGUCCCUGUGGGUGUGUGUGUGUGUGCACAUAUGUGUAUGUGGUAUUCCUUCUGUUCUCAGAGAUACUUAGUCCUCAUAUUCUUGUGACCUGGGGCUUAAGAGCAGAUAAAUAUUUUGUUGGUGUGUUAUGACUAAUCCUCAAAGCCAAGUUCUUGCUGUCUUCUGUCAGCGGCAGACUCCAGUUACUCAUGAAUAUGAGACCAGGAAGAAAUAAGGGUCUUUCAGGACUCUGGAUCUAGGCAUUUGUCUGUCCUUAAGUGACAAUCACAACUGGAGAUUGAAAGACUGAUUUCUGCAGUGAACAAACAUGUUUGGAGUAAAAAAAAAAAAAAAAAAGCCAAUUGUUUUUUUCAAUUAUAGGAAAGGGAAGAAAAAAAAUCACAAGUCUCUUGUAGGAUCCACUGCCUCUAGGAUUUUGAACUGGAUCUGUCUCAGCUUGUUGUUCUUCUCAGCGGUACUUUGAAGAAGCAAGCUUCAUUCAAAAUAGAAAUGUUUAGUACUUCCAGCAUUAGGUGGAGUUGAUUUGAAUUAAGUGUGGCACAGAACUUUUGCAGUAAGUUUGAUGUGAAAUACUAAAUAUUAGGACAUUGUGGGUGUCGGAUUACACAGUCAAGGGACACCUACAGUAAGUGAUAUAGCAGGUGUUGGCCAUCUUGGGUUCCCCUCUGUAGCUGAGCAUCAUCCUCAGCUUUUUAGGACAGCCAGACAUCAAUAUCAGUUUGUCCUAAUGUUUGAGCUGGGUGGCCUAUAUGAGACAUAUUUGGAUUUGGUGGGUGAUGGUUUACACUGUAGCACUUUGAGUACGUCAUAAAGCAGGGGUGAUUUAAUCUGAAGGCAGUCAAGGAAGUGUGAGUCUCUUAAAUGGUGCUGUUUGUGACCUUUGAUGCUGACUGACAUGCAGAGCUGCUUCAGUGUUUCACAAACCGGACACAAGUCAAGACUUUAAAGCUGCUCUCCACGUGGGACUCACCACCGGACUCUGCCUGAAAACUGUAUAAUGUAACACAAAAAUGUGGGUUGGUUUUCCCAUAACACUGUUUAAUAAAAAGCAUUAUGCAGCAAUAA